CUCGAGGGGCUUGUAUAAAAGGCAUCGGGAGAGCAUGAGACACCAUGACCGCAGACUUGGAGGCAGCAAUUCGCCCUCGCACCGAGGCCUCCAGGACCGACUCCAGCUUAGACGUCUCCACCAUGGGCCUCCGUCCUACCUCCUCCUGCUCCAGCACCAGCCGGCUUCCGGUCCUACAGGGCUUGCUACUGCUGUCGCUGUUCCUGAGCACGCUGGUUCCCUCUGGGUUAACUAAACGUGCAGACGUGGAGCCGUUCGUUGAACUUCGCUGCCUGUGUAUGAAAACCGUCUCUGGCAUUCACCCAAGUAACAUCCAGAAUUUGGAGGUGCUCAGGGCAGGACCCCACUGUGCCAACGUCGAAGUGAUAGCCACGCUGAAGAACGGGAACAAAGUCUGCCUGGACCCAGAAGCUCCCAAAAUCAAGAAAAUAGUCCAGAAAAUUUUGGAAAGUAGUGGGUCAAUGGCUUAAUCUGUUCGCUUUGUGUCAAAUCUUUCUAUCUCCCAAGAAGAGUAGGAGUUUGAAGGUUCGACUUUCUGGAGUCCUUAUUUAUCCAAAAUACCUACUCAUAUUGUACUGAACUUUGGAUAUGUGUUCAAUUCUGCCUCGAAAAGUCGCAUGACAUUCUGAGAAGGCUGGUUCAUAGAUGACAGAGAGAAGAUAACAGUAAGCAAACUUACUGCCAAAAUAUAAUAUAUGGUUUGUUCCCUAACUCCUGGCUAAAUAUGGCACUAUGCUUUGCAUUCCUUUAUUUAAAAUUUUCUUUCCAAAUACUCACAUGCGUGUUAACCUCUCUUGCUCUACUUGAGUGUGAGACUAGCUAUACUCAUGAUGAUUAAUAGAUUCCAUAAUGGCCAUUGUUAUUAGAAAUCACACAGAGCCCGGAAUAGAGCACUUGCUCAAUAAAUGUUUGUUGAUUUAUUUAGGGACUUAAUAGAGUUUUUCAUUGUCUUCGUCUUAGGAUACUUUGCUUCCAAGCAUUUUGAAAGGUUUUUCUAAUGUUUAUUUCAGCCUUCAAACCCUAAAAAAUAAUAAAGUUGUAGAAUGUGAGUCUUGUAAGCUGUGGUUACUUACUUUAAAGUGAAUACAUUUAAUACUAUAGAAUAAAAAAAUUUAUGAUGAACAGCAUUAACAUUCUCUCUAUUAAAAACACUCCAGUAUUUUCAAUAAUAAUCCUAAUAAUAACAUAGGUUCUCUAUGGUGUUAAAUGUGUUAACCUGGAAUGUUCGUAUAUAUUUGUAUUCACAUCCUGUCUGCUUACAAUUUUUGUGGUGGAAUCAACCUUGCGAAUACGAAAAUAAAAAAUUCACACGUUG